AUUUAUGUUAGGUCCCUUAAAAAUAUUACAUCUACUGUGUUUUUUAUUCUUACUCUUUGUGGAUAUAGCUUCAAUAUUUUUUCUGUUUUCGUCUGACUUAACAAUUGUUAGCAUAAAUUACAAAGCUAGCAUCUCGGCCGUAAGUAUGCUAUCAGCGGUGCGGUUUAUGGUGUCCAAACUUCUGUCUCCGCUGUGGAGAACUAAUAAUGUGGACGGUGAGAGGAUUUUCACCGAUUGUCCAGACGCUGGAGACAUACGCCACCUGCAGGGCAACGUGGUAACGCAGCUGAGUUUGGACCAUGGGAUGAUAGACAACACCAUCUACUUCACAUGUAAUGAGGUGUUGGGAGGAGUGCCAAUUAAAAAGGGAGAUCUUGUGAACUGCAUAGCUAUAAGAUGUGGAGCUGAAGAGGGCUGGAAAGCCAUAAGGGUGGAGAAGUGUACAGAUGCCUGGGAGAAUGACGGCAGAAACUCCUCAGAGGGAGACGCAAUGAAGCUACAGCUGCUCAUUGGAACCGUCACAUCAUUUGACGGAGAUUGUGGUUACAUAAACGAGACCACCUUCUUCUCGCAGCACAGUCUGUCUGAAGGUUAUAUUCCAAUGAAAGGAGACUGGGUCCAAGUCAAAUAUUUCAUCAAUCCCACCAAUUGGACCACGCAGGCACAUUCUGUGGCCCCUCUACGCUACAGCCGCCUAUAUCAAGUGCGUGUCACCAGCAUGUACGGUAACAAAGGCGUGGUGGAGGACAGCGUGUUUUUCACUCUGGACUCUCUGCUGAUGCCUGCUGUCUACCAGCCUCGACUCGGAGACCUGGUUAACUUGGUAAUGGUGGAGAGCAGUCAGUCCCUCUAUUGCUGGAGGGCUCUCUGCAUGGCGCCGUGCUCUCAAAGUGAAAACGGUUCAAACUCUCCCGUCCUCGACGGUGAACUCAAAGGGAUUUUACAAAACAUGGAAGGACUGGACAUUUCUGACUACGGCCAGUUUGGGAGCAUGAUGGUCGGGGAGAAACUCACUCUGGUGUUCUGGGUUCAAAAUCUAGGCUCUGAGAUCCAUACACUGAAGUGUUGUGACUUUGCUGGCUGGGACUCUGAGGAACAGUUCAUUUUGGGUGCGGUCAGUAAAUCCACCACAGAGUCUCAGAGGCCGCGAUCCGUGCAGGAAACAAGUGCAGAGUCUCUACAGAAGGAUAGCGAGGGAAACAUGAAAGAGGCUGAAGAAGAACCUGCUGGAAAAGACAAAAUCCAUCUUGAUGCAGAAAGAGGGAAAGACUUGGAGAUGGAAAUACUUCCCGGAGAAAGAGUGUCGAUUGUAAUCCACUGCCAAGCAAAAAGCCUGGGAAGUUGUGCGGACCUCCUCCUGCUCAGAUUCUCCUCUUUCACCAUCGGGAGGCGCCUGGAAGUUAAAGUUUGCAGCGAGGAUGAAAACCUGCUGAAGCCGUGUGAGCCUUAUGCUCUCAGUGAUCCAAGACUGACGGCGCCACCAGCCUCUCAUGUAAUCACUGUGUCCGCCCCAAGGGACACUCAGAGGUUUAGUAAACGCCGGCUGCCAAAUUUCACCCCAUCCUACCCAGUUCCUCAGGCUCUCAGAGACUGUGUCGAGCAGUCUGGUGAUGUGUUGGUGAUGGAGCCCUGCCUGGGAGAGUUGCUGUCACCUUCCAACAUGCAGCCCCGAUUCUCCACCCUGCUCUGGCUGGAGGAGCUUCACGCAGAAAAAGAAAUGAAAGAGUUCACCAUCGUCGGCGCACUUUUGAAAAAGGGAGCCAUCCACCUGCACCUCGAGGUCCUUGGGUUGUCUGAGGGAAGACCUCAUCUCAACAUAGGUGAUAAAAUAACUCUGAAGAAACCACAGAUGGAUGGAAUUGUAAUUGAAUACGCUAGUUAUGUCACAGAGAUUCAUGAGGACGAAGUGAGUCUGAGAGUAAACGCAGACUUUCAGCGUAGCUACUUGGGGGAGCCGCUUGAUGUUGAGUUCUGUCUCAACAGGCUGACCAUGCGGCGCUGUCACCAUGCACUUGAGCAAACCAAACACUUUCGGCAUGUUCUCUUCCCCUCCAGAGUGACUGCACAGACUCCUCAGUGGAAUGGACAAUGGCAAGAAGAUGUAGAGCAAAUCAAAACAAAUGAAACUGCAGAGAAAUCACUCACUGAAGUUGGAAACAUUGAAAAUAACUCAAAGGCCACACAGAUUGACAGUACAGAUGGAGAAGUAUCCAUGCGUGGCGUUCCAAAAAGUGGGCAUUUUUUUAACCCGGCUCUGAACCCCGCCCAAAAAGAAGCCGUGAAGAGAAUCCUGGCAGGAGAGUGUCGGCCCGUUCCUUAUGUCCUGUUUGGUCCUCCAGGAACUGGAAAGACCAUCACUCUCAUAGAGGUCAUACUGCAGGUUUACCACUUCCUCCCCAGCAGUCGGAUUCUUGUCUGCACUCCAUCCAACAGUGCAGCCGACCUCAUCUGCACUCGCCUGCAUUACAGUGGCUUCUUGGAGAAUGGAAGUCUUGCUCGUGUCAAUGCAUUUUGUAGGGAUUAUGAGUCUCUUCCAGAAGUAUUGCGUCUUUAUGCGAAGGCCGGAGAAGACAUCCGUCAUGCUGCUUUUCACAGGAUUGUGGUCAGCACCUGCUCCAGUGCUGGGAUGUUCCAUAACCUCGGAAUACGUGUUGGACAGUUUUCCCAUUUGUUUCUGGAUGAAGCUGGUCAAGCCACUGAGCCAGAGUCUAUGAUUCCCAUCAGCCUCAUCUCAGAGAAGGAUGGACAGAUAGUGCUAGCUGGAGACCCGUGCCAGCUGGGUCCAGUGGUGAAGUCAGACGUGGCCUCUGCCUUUGGCCUGGGAGUGUCUUUGUUGGAGAGGCUGAUGAAUAACCCACUGUACUCCAGACAGGACUCUGGUUAUAACCCCAAACUGGUGACUAAGCUGAUUUACAACUACCGUUCUCAUGAGGCCUUGCUCGCUCUCCCCUCUAAGCUUUUCUACCACAGUGAACUGUGUUUCCAAGCUCCUAAAAGUGUCGUGGACUCCCUCUCUCAGUGGAAGGGCCUCCCCAAAAAAGGAUUCCCACUCCUCUUUCAUGGUGUUAGGGGAACCGAGAUGCGAGAAGGCAGCAACCCGUCCUGGUUUAACCCCGUGGAGGCCGUGCAGGUCAUGAUGUACUGCUGCCAGCUGGCAAAGAAGCUCUGCAAGCCUGUGAACGCUGCUGACAUCGGAAUCAUUGCUCCCUACAGGAAACAAUGCGAGAAGAUCCGGGUGCUGCUGGCUAAGGUGGGUUUGCAAGACAUCAAAGUGGGUUCAGUGGAGGAGUUCCAGGGCCAAGAAUAUCUGGUCAUCAUCAUGUCAACGGUACGCUCCAAUGAAUCCGUGCAGAGCAAUGAUUCGCACAGUUUGCUUGGCUUUCUCUCUAACCCGAAGCGGUUCAACGUUGCCGUGACUCGUUCCAAAGCCCUACUCUUGAUCGUCGGAAACCCCCACAUUCUUAUCAGAGAUCCGUGCUUUGGGGCUUUGCUGCAGUACUGUUACACCAAUGGGGCAUAUUUGGGCUGUGACCCUCCUCUGUAUCUAAGAGACACCAACAUGAGAUCUGAAGAAGCAUAGAGGAGUCUUUAAGUGGAAGAGAAGCAUUGAUCAUGGUGUCAGGGAAUCGGUGCUUGUGGUUUCUUUUGUUUUUUUUCUUAGUUUUUGUUGACUGUUGAUAACUUUAAAUUCCAUGAAUGCUAAAGAUAGACGAAUUCCCGUUUUUCAAUGAGCAAACUGUUAUUUGGGGGAAAAAAAAUUAAACUUUUGUAUACCGCACGAUUA